AUGUUUCUGAAAUACUGCAUACCACUGGCUAUCCUUCUCGGGUAUGGGCUUUCUAAGGGCGUGACAGAUAUUUCACGGCAAUUGAAUGGCACUGUCACUGGUAACCAGACCCUUACGCGUGCAGAUGGUCCAUACUUGGUCACCAGUGACCUUGUUGUCUCAGAAAAUGCUAAUCUUACCAUAGAGCCUGGUGCAAUUCUAAAUUUUGUUCCAUCUGUGGGGAUUCGUGUUCGUGGAUCGUUUCAUGCAAAAGGGACACCGUCGCAGAGAAUUACUUUCCGAGCGGUUCCCUGUGGAGAAACAAGUUUUUGCAAUAAAACUGAUGGGGCUUUAUUCUACAGUCACGGGAUAAGACUUGUAGAUGGAUCAUCCUACAACAACGGACGCCUACAGCUGCAGUAUAAUGGAAGGUGGGGGACUGUCUGCAACGACUGGGGGUCUUGGGAUCUCAGAGAUACGCACGUGGCCUGCAGACAUCUUGGCUUCCUUAGGGGAAAGCGGCAUUACUAUGAUCGCGGUAGCGGCCCCGUGAUAAUGAAGACAGUUGGCUGUAAAGGAACUGAAAAGAGUCUAUGGGAUUGUUCUUACCAUUCAUCUUCGUGUGGUAAGUUCACUUUAGUCCUAAGCAAUGCUUUUGUUGUUUGCCGCAUGUACCUCUCCAUGGAAAUAUUCUCUUUCUGGCCGUAAAGCAAGUGAUUACCGACAAAACUAUUUAAUUUUUCCAUGAAACCAAAGUAACUUAACAUCUUUCUCUGUUUAAUGACUUUAGUAAUAAUCUAUUGCAUGGGGUGAAUAUGCACAAGAGGGGAUAGAAAUAUGCCUUCAUAUUUGGUCGGGUAAAUUCUAUUUAAUUCAUGUACUAUGACAAGCUUUUACUACAAAAGUAUUUUUCUCACUAAAAAUCCUGUCUCACUAGUUAUAAAGUACAGGUAGCAAAUGCGCGGUUUCUCAACGUUUUAGUCACCGUUUCUGUGGAAGCGGGUACCGGAGACAACCUCUCCUCCGCAAAAACGUUCGUGAUGUCUACAUUAACCCUUUACACUCUAAUAUCAGUACUCAUAUUCUCCAUACUGUUCUCUGUACAUUUACCAAGGUGCUGGUAGAAUUUGUCUAACAAUCAAGAGUUUCUUUAGUUGGUGAUCAUUUCCUUUAUUUUAUGACAUUAAUGUGAGAUUCAGUGGUGAUAUUGUAAGGAGAAUGAAUGAUCCCAAGUUCAGACUUCGCUAAGCAUUUGAAUGCUUGGUUCACGCUCUUUUCAACCUUCCUUCUAUUUUCUUAGACAUCAGGCUGAGCUAAAUUUGGAUUUCGUGAUAUGAAAUUUUUGCUUUGAAACCAACACUAUGAAGCUGAACACUUCAUGUGGCUAUCGGGUAGGGGACUUUAACUCUCCAUUUGAAAAUAAAUUUUCCUGAAUGGUCAACCCACCCGUCCAAAUUGAAACCCUUAUACAAUUUUAUUAAUGUUUAGAAAAACAGUGCAUGGAAGAGGUUGUGUCGAGGUUGUGUCGAGGUCGUCAGAAACCAUUUCAAUAAGGACUUUCGUAAAAGCGUCAAGGUACAAAAUCGGCUACUUUUAAGCCACCAACCACAAUUCUAUAUUAAUUCUAUUUUAUCCCUUUUAUUUUCCAUUACAACGACAUAUAUUUCAGCUCACAGCCAGGACGUUGGCAUCGAGUGUGACACUCUCUUGCCAUAUUUGGCCGAGACUUUUUACUGGAAAGGUAUUUACUUCAAGCCGACGAAUUCUUCUGAGAAAAAAGGGAGCUCUUCGCUGGAGCACGUGGACAUUGAAAAUGCUCUCGAGGGCGUAAAUGCCGUAAAAAACGCUCCAGAUUUACUUCAUAUUACAAUCAACGGUAGCGCCUCCGGCUUAAAUAUAAAAGAACUUGCGAAACCCUUGGCCGUAUUCGAUUCUUCAAUCCUGGGGCCUGUACUGGUUGGUGUGAACAUCGAGAGCUCUUGUGGUAAUGUUGUUAUUGAAAACGUCACAGUUCAGAAUGCACGAUUUGGAGGAGGUCUCAUCUAUAAGCGCCUGGCAGUGAAUUUCUGUUCCGUCAUUCCAGAGGAAGCUUCUUUUCCUUUGCUCCUAGAUGCCGCUGGAAAUCAUCAUCCAGUUAAUUGUAGGAAGGUAGGAACGAUUGUUUUAGUUAAAAUGUCUGAGCGAUUUGGGUAAAAUGAACUACGGAGUACGCUUUGAACUCAAAAAUUCUCCGAAGUGAACUGUAGAAUAUCUAUACAUAUCCAUCACCUUUUCCAUAACGAGUUUUUUAGUCGAUUUCUGAUCCAAGUUUCCUGAGCUGUAGUUAAAAUGUACAGGUGUUUGUCACGUUUUGGUACAUAUUUCAUUCAAGAUUUUAAAAGGUAGAACGACAAGCUCGCAAUGGCGAAGGAUUUAGUUUUUCUAUCAAACCAGGGGAAUCCUUUGAGGAAACAACAUGGUCUCCAUGAGCUGAAUGUUCUGGAUCCUUGGCUAUUUAAUUAGAAUUGAAAAAAAAGACAAACAUUUUGAUGAUUAUCGAAAUAAUGUGAAUUAGACAGGACACUUCUUCCCUGUUAUAGGUGGUGGUUUUUUUUUUCAUGUACAAUGGGGAAGAUCACAAUGCAAAAAGACAAACCCUGGUAAAGAGCAGUUUCAUUCUUCCCCAUAUGCAGACACCAGCUUUCAACCAUACAAAAUUUGUAGCCAACGAUUGAAAAAAUAAGUUUUCUUUGAAGGCUGGAAGAAGAAAACACUUACAUCAAUGCCUCUUCUUCCGUUUUAAUCUGUCAAACGAAGUCAGUUCGCACCUCUCGAAUGUUCAGAAUAUUUUUCCUCAAAAAGAAAGUAUUUAUAAAAGACAUCUAAACAGUCAAAAUGGUGAGCCAGGUUUUCAUGGAAGGGAGUUACCCGAUCGAGCACCUCUAUAAACUAGCCGUAACUUGUAACCUAGAGACAUACUUAUCUUCCAGUGAAAGAAAUGAAAAAACAUUUGCAUUCUUAAGAUUUUCAGAGCUUCACCAGGAAGAAAGAUCUCUGUGUAUUUGAGAAUAAUAAAUGGAAGUGGAUUCGAGCUAAAUAUUACCGAUGCAAGCACAGAUAUCAAAACCCAACUGCACAGAAUUACAAGUGACUUCAAUGGAAGGACAUUUAAGACUGGUUAUACUUCUAUAUUGGAACUUUCCUUCUACUCUAAAGGCAGUUCCAACUUGGAAAUGGUCGUUAUGGAAGAUCAAGGUAGCUCUGUUUCUAGUUAUCUCUUUAGUAAGUAGGUAGUAAGUAAGUAGGUCUAUCUGCUGUUCGCUUGAGCAGUUCGGUCGGUCUGUCGGUUGUCCACUCGGUUGUUUACCUGUUCUUUUGAUGGGAGGUUCUUUCGAUCAGUCAGUCGGUCGCUGAGUCAGUUGGUCAAUAGGUAAGCUAGUUGCUCAAUAAAGAAUCGAGCAAAAGAAGUAAUUAACUAUUCAAUACGAAGACAAAAUUAAUGCCCCCAAUAAGUCUAAAAUUUUUUUGGAUGAUGUAUGCUCUUCGUAACACUAACCCAUUGGCUUUUUAUCAUUUGUAGGCGGGACUUCAUCACUUGUGAUAUCUAACAGUACCUUUUCUAACAAUUCUAAGUCUGGUAUUACCGUUGACAACUUGAUCGGUAAUUCUCGUAUCUCCCGGACAACGGUGAUAGGGAACAACUACAACGGACUCUACAUAACUAAGACAACAGGUACUUUAGAAUUUACCGACGUCAAAUCCUCGAAAAACCAAGCGUCAGGAAUCGUAGUCGAUGCUGGAACUCUUUCAUUCCGAAUGUCUGACAGCCUUGUUGAAGAAAAUGGUGGUCAAGGAUUGCACAUCUUAAACCAGGUCAACUCCACGAUAAAGAUUUACAACUCACAAUUUGUUCGUAACAGUAACGGUGAAGGAGUUUAUUUACAGGCAUUUCGCUACUGCUAUGUUCGACUAGUGGAAGUACUGUCUCUUGGAAAUUCGCAAAAUGGGGCUCUGUUUACGAGAUUAUCCGAUACCAGAUUAAAUUUCAGCUCUUGUAAAUUUGAUGGAAACUCAAAUAUAGGAGUUUACACUGACUACUUUUUUAGAGGAGGACUUAACUUGGAGAAGAUUUCUACCUCAAACAAUUAUAGAUCUGGUUAUGCUUUCGAAUUUGGGGAUACCAACAUAAACAUACAGUCUUCGUCUUCUCUUGGUAACGGAAGAGAUGGUUUUUUCGUGCAAAAUCAAGGAGGAGAAGUUGUCUUAAAGGAUUUUAUUGCUGGUGGCAACAAACGAAACGGAUUGUGGUUUCAAGAUACCAAAUCAGCUCGUCUUCGAUCAGUUUAUCUUCUAAACUGUAAUGUUUCAGGGAACAGUCAAUACGGUGUGCUGUUUUAUCUUACUUAUAGAAUUGAUCAACGCCCGGAGAACUAUGUCAUUACGGUUGCAAACUCCGCAAUUUUCAACAAUUCUCUUGGUGGUUGUAAGAUCUAUCCUUCAAAUUGUGGUUGGGGAAACGAUCGGUGGCAGAGAAGCGUUCAACUUUUAUUCACUGGUAAUAAAGUAAAGGGAAACAAAAAAAAUGGUUUGGAUAUCCUUGGCCCGGAAUGGUACGUGUUAUCUGCUGUCUUGGCCAAUAACAUAUAUUACGAGAACAGUGGACUUGCUCUGAUAGUAAGACACGGGCAAAGGUGUUUCCAUGAGGAAUCCUCACCCUUCAAUCUGCAGGUUUCAUCAAACAGCUUUUUGAAGAAUAAAGGAAAGAACAUACUUUUCGUUGACUGCGGAACGUUACCCACAAAAUGCCGUGUCGCCAUCAGAAACAACACGUUUCUAGACAAUCAAAGAAUCCGGCUGUUUUCCAACAAUUACCUUCGUACUAAAACGCAGGCAGUUUUAGCUGUAAACGGAGGCAACGUUACCGUAAAGUUUAAUUCGUUUAUCAAUCCUUUGUUCUCUCACGAAUUAGCAACUCUGCUGAAAGACCGCGAACACGUUCUUCUCGCGGAAGAAAACUGGUGGGGAACAAGAGAUGAAUGCAAAAUAAAAGACCGAGUGUUUGACUUUGAAGAUCGAGUGGAACUUGCACAGAUCCAAUAUUAUCCAUUUUUGGAUUCCUACAAUUCAACCAGCUCUGAAUUACACGAUGGUGUCAGACCUUUCUGUUUUCUUCGAGGUAACAAGUUAGGAGGAACAUUAAAUCAAGUCCUCAAUAUUACAAACCAAAUUGAUGCCUACCAAGUUAUAAGCGAUGUCACAAUAUUGCCUGACGGCGUUUUGUUUCUCGAAGGAAACAUCACUUUAGAAUUUCCAUUAAAGAGCGUUUUCCUAGUGCAAGGAAAGGUUAUUAUAAAAGGUAAUAAAAAAGAACGGGUGAAGUUCCUUCCAAGGAGACCAUUGCAACAGGACAUUAGACUCGUCGGAGGUCCUGCUCCGUGGGAAGGGGUAGUUGAAAUAUGGAUCAACAGUACGUGGAUGCCAGUUUGUAUGCAUACCUAUAGACGCGAGGACGACAUAGUAUGCAGACAAUUGGGGUACGAACCGGUGGACUCUUAUUACCAUGACCCAAGUGGAAAAGAAGAAAUGUUCCUACAUAAUGUCAGAUGCGACACAGGUCAAGGAGACAACAUCACCAUUUGCAACAAAAACAACUGGAUUUCAUCAUCAUCAUGCAUGAGAAAUGUUUUGUAUGUCGGUUGCAAAAUCCCAUACUGGGCUGGCGUUCACCUUGCUGUGACUUCAAAGGAAAGCGUCUUCAGCGAUGUUGAGGUGCGCUAUGCAGGUUUUCCAUAUAGAAAAGACCUGACUAUCCCCGGAAUCGCCUUCAGAGUGGACCUCCCACGUCACGUGAUCAGCGGUGUCUUUGUGAGUAAUUCUGCUGCCAUUGGUUUCCAGAUUAUGUAUCCAGACCUUGUAAAAGAUUCAUUUAAAAUCGAGAACUCAACAAUUGCUAAAACUGAAUCGGAUGGAAUACGUUUGGAGUCUCCAUUUCUUGAGUUCCUGAGUACAAAUGUUGUAAACACAAAAGGCUACGGAUUUUCGUAUCGUUAUAACUGGAAUGCUCUCAACACACACGUUGUAAAAAUGGCAGAUGCGACCAUGAAGAAGUUUAUGGACAUAUGCACUGAAAGUGAAACAUUUAUUAAUGACUCUAGUGAGGUGUACUAUCUAGUUGUGACAUUACGUAGCGGAGCAGCCUGCAAGGCCAUAAUUACCGUUCCAUCGGAAUAUACAAUAGGAUUGCAGCUAGUCUAUCACAAUGUAUAUGGCACAGCUUUCCGCGUGUACAGUGGAACAGACAAGACAAAGGGCACUCUCUGGGAUAUCCAUAUGUUAAAAUGGUAUAGCCGUCCUGCUUGGAUGUCUGGCAAUAACUCAAUCCUACUGGAGAAAAGAUAUGGCUAUGUGGAUGAAGACGUCACGGUGCAUUUUCUACUGUUUCUCGUCAAAAGUAAGUUGAGCUAUUAUUUUAAUUAUAUCGAGGUAAGCAGUGAUCCUCGUCGGUAGACUGCGAUUUUUGCAAUUGCAAAAAUAUGCUUCGGGCUUCGACAGACGUUGAACCCUUUCGCUCAGAUGCAAUUUGGACGCUAUUUGCAAAAGAUCUCCAAAGCCACACAGUUGGGAUGAUGCAAAUCCUUGAGUUCAUCUUUUUGUAAGCUUCUAAUCUGUGAUCAUAAAGAAUUUUUUUUUGUUUUCAACUAACAGGUGGUGGAAAGACGAAGAUCAGAUCACCAAACCUUGUAAUAUCCCAAAGCAAUUUCAGCCACAACGGUGAAGGUGGAAUUUUGUUGGGUGGAGAUAACGCAGGAAUAGUUGAAAUCGAAAACACGGAAGUACGAGACUCACCCAAGAAUGGCUUAUCGACAGCAUUUUCCCAUGUUAACAGCUUGAAGCUGCUGAAUUGCCAGUUCGUUAGAAACAAGAUUGGAAUCAAGCUCUCUUCAUUUUCAGGUAACGUGAAUAUCGAGAACACCAAAGCUUUUAACUCGACCGAAAAUGGACUAUAUGUGGACACGAACGGUAAAAAAACAAUCCAUAUUGAAAAUGGUGGUGUUUUCCAUAGCAAUGGAUAUGGGCUUUUUCUGGUUGGUAGAUUUGCCGAAGUGAAACUUUCUGCAACCGGGAUAUUUUUUGGAUGGAAUUCUGCAUCUUCUGUUUAUGCCCGAAGUAUUUAUGGUUGCAGUUUGCGUUGUUCAUCCUAUACCUCCUUUACAAACUGUACAUUUUAUGCCAACCGAGGCCCUGUAAUAGACAUUAAUGAGUCUCCACACUCUAAUCCAUGGCAAUUUGACGGUAACCUUUUCCUAAAUAACACUCAAGGUCCAAUUAUUUUGACUACGCGUUAUACGGGUAGAUCUCACAUUCCUGGAUUAUUUGUGAGAAAUAAUAGUUUCUUGUUCAACUUUUGCAAAGAUAAAAGCGUCAUAGACAUAAUAGGAGGCACAAAAAUUCUGAUCAUAGAAGGAAACAUCUUCAAACAAAACUAUGGGAGAUCCGUUUAUGUAGAAAAAACCUCUCCUUCAGGCGCAACUAUAAGAAGUAACGUUUUCACGAACAAUAGCUGCCUGAAUUGUGGAGUCAUUGAGAUUCAGAGGAUAGGUAAAGACAUCGCAAUUGUUGGUAACAUUCUUAAAUCGAAUAAAGGACAGUUUAUGGUUCUUCUCCAGUGCGAAUACGUUGUAGGAAUGAACACUGGCAUGAAGAAUGUAAUGUUUUUGAACAAUUUGCUCCUGAACAACGUGGCUGUAUCAUCAAGUUCCCCAACCUGUCAGUUAAAAGUCUCUGGAUUUAUGGAAUGGAGAACAUUUUCCAUCAAUUUCAACAGAUUUAGAGGCCAAGACUUCUCAAAAGAACUUUGUGUAAGCACCCAUGCCUCCUCGCAUGGCAGCACAGCACAAGCUACAUUAAACGUCUGGGGUUAUGAUGACGAGGAAGAAAUCAAGAAGAGAAUCUAUGAUGCUGAAGACAACUACGAACAGACAUUCGUAAUUUUUCGUCCCUACAUCAGUAAUGCAGGAAACACAAUAAAGGGUUCGCAAGAAAAUACCACCUUUAACGCGCUCUCGAAAAGCUUUCUGGGAGGAAGGAUAUUAUCCAACAUUCUUCUAAGAAAAGAGAAAAGUCCCUAUACAGUUGUGUCCGAUGUCACUAUUCUGCCUGAAGCUUCACUUUCAAUUGAUCCUGGUGUUGUGGUGCAUUUUAUGCCAGGGGUCGGCAUGUUGGUUCUUGGUUCACUAUUUGUGGGCGGAAAUGUACAUCAACCUGUCAAAUUUUCUCUUUCAAAAAUUACAAAAGAUGACGAUUUUCUCAAAAUUCGAUUAGCCGGAGGUAAGUUCCCUUGGGAAGGACGUGUAGAGAUACUUCACAACUGGAAUUGGACCUCACUGUGUUUCAAUGAGACGCAGGGCAAUAAAACUAAUGACGCAAAACUGAUAUGUGAACACCUGGGCUAUAAAGCACCAUUGUCCAUCAAUCAUUCCCAUUGCGAAUCGUCCGGCCCUUGGGAUACUUGUGCCGCUCUUCAGUGUAAAGGAAUUGAGUUAGAUUUAGCAGAAUGCUCUUUAUCUUUCCAAAACCUUAGCUGCAACAUGUCGUGUCAUCUUGUGUUAAACUGUGGCGAAGGAAGGCCUUGGGGAAAUAUCAGAUUUCUUCGCGAAGCUAGGAACACUUCAAACCUGUCAACAUCAAGUUUAAAACACCUCAGAAUUGAGCACUGUGGCGAGAAACAUGGCCAAAACGUUGCUGCUAUUGAAAUGAUUCAGUACGUUGCAGAAGUAAAUCAUGUGACUGUUCUUAACUGCACAUCUGGUGGUGUGAAGGUUUGGUUCCCAGAAAAAGAGGUGAUUAUAACGAACAGUUCCUUCGUUAAUACCGGAGGAAAUGGAACCGAUUUUAUCAGCACGAAAAACAAUGUUACACUUAAAAACGUCAAAUCGAUAAGAAACGAGUUUGGACUGAGUUUUCAUGAAGCUUACGGUAAUUGGUUUCAUACUAUUUCAUACGGGAAAGUUAAUCUGUGCUCCCCACAAAAAGUGGUGAAUGUCAUGGAUCACAAUGUAUUCGUUUACUUUAGGGCGCCAUUCGUGUCUUUCUCAGAUCUAGAGGUAUCCUGCCAAAUAAAAGUUCAAACAGGGGCAAGCACUGGUUUUGCCAUCCAGCUACUAGUCCUAAAAAAUAUAAGAUCUUUUUGGAUAGAAUUGCCUGAUAGACGUGCUAUCUUCAGGACUUAUGGUAGCAGCCAAGGUCUACUCUCAAAAAGAAACUUGAUCAGCUGGGAUUCUUUUAGAGUCCACUUUGAUGGACGGUACAGUAGCGAAAUGCUUUUGCAAAUUGAACGUGUUGAUAUCAAAGGUUAGUGGCUAUGAAAUUAUUAUUAUUAUUAUUAUAAUUAUCAUCAUGACCAUUAUCAAUAUCUUAUCACUCUCAUUAUCAUUACUAUCGUUCUCUUUAUCGUUAUCGUCAGUGUUCGCUAUCGUUAACGUCAGCAUUUUAGUUAUCAUUAUCAUUAUUAUUAUUAAUUAUUGUCGUCAUCCUUGUCAUGGUCAACACUUUUUAUUUCUUUGCCUGUACAUAAAACACAGGCCGCACAUGAAAAGAAGCGGGGGGAGUCCAACUUUGAAUUAGGAAACAUUGAUCUUUUUUUAUUCUUUUUUCAAUCUAGAGCCAAAACAAGCUAAAAACUUUAAAGACACGUCAAUUUUACAUACUUCAAGUUGAGAAAAAUUUGUGAUUCUGUAUUUGCAAGAACUUUGGUGUCAUACAAGUGAUAGGAAACACCCCCAUUCUAGAUUCGCUACCGUAACGUCUGUGCUCUGUUUAACAACUGUUCAGUAACACCGAAGUGUAUUAUGUGAAUGGGCAAAAUGUGCCAAUACGAUGGGAUCUGACAACAAGUCUGCCUAAUUUUCUUCAGAUAUUCCAUGCUCAUUUGACCGGGGAUUUUGUGACUGGAGACGCUAUCCCAAAUCACAUUUUGAAGGAAUUGCCUUGAGGAAGAGAUGGUAUUUUGGAAACAGUCGUUAUGACCACACCUAUUCAGGAGGCAAUGGUGAGUUGUAAUAAGUAAUAGAAGAUUGAACUUUAAAGAUUUUAGAAAGGACAUUCGAAUGCGUUAAUCUCUUAAGUUUUCAUCUAUCUUGUGACCGGAUAUGAGUUGGCUUAAGUGAAAGCUCCAAUGUCCUAUGAAGUAGAAAGUUAGGUGGAAGGGCUGGGAACUCCUUCCGUCGACAAAACGUUUUCCUUCCGGCCGCUUUUGUGGAUAUUAUUCUUCCAGUCGAAAACUUAGAUAUGGAUUACAGGACUAUGGGUGACUCAGUGAAACGUUCUACCUUGUCGAGUGAAUCGGAAUUUCUUGAGAACGACUUUCCGUAAAGUCAAAAGAUCGUUAAAGGUCGUAAGAACAGCAGCACAACCAAAACUGGGACUACAAAUUUUUCCAGAUCAGCACCCGCCAGAUAAUAUUUAAUAGAGACGACCCAAUGGUAAAAUUAGAAUCGGGAAAAAGGACGCAGCGAUGUUGUUGAAGAACUCGAGCAAAACUUACUAGGAGUGCCUGAACGAGCUGGAGCAGCGACUUGCAAUUGCCAAAGAAUAAAUAAUGAAGGAACAAAGUCAGGGGUGCGUACAUUCAGUUGAGUUAGAGGCAAGCGAUCAAACAACUAAACAGUAGAAUGACAUAGAGGGAAGACUGGAAUUGUGCCAAUUUUGCGUUUAUUUGCGGGAAAAAGGAGAGAACUUAACACAGCCGACAGCCCGCUCUCCAUGUAACAAAUUUACCCUUCCGUCCGCCGGCAAGUUUGCCGUUGCUCUAGAAAACUUCUCCCUAAGCCCACCCCGAGAAAGAAAGAUUUUGUCACAUUCAGGUCAUUAACGAAGUUUUUGAAUCUCGCGCUCGGAAAUCGGAUACGCGUCGGUUCUUACAAACCUUUGUUCUUAUAACAAAAGAGCCUCAAAGCUGUCAACAAUGACAAUGCCCAUAAAAGGAUUAAAAAAUCGUGCCAUUGUUAGCAAAAUCCCAACCCAAAGUUUGAUAUGGUUGGUGGCCCGAUAACAUUGUGGUCUCAGGAAUUCAAAAUACUCCGCCAGGAUCUUCCUAAUCGAAGUCGCGGACUUUGAUGUGUCAAUCUCUGAGCUCUACAUGUCAACCUCUAGUACUCUCAAAUGAUUGGCUGAGAGGAGCAAUCGUGAAACUGUAUGAAUUUCAAUGCCGUUGAUCAAAAAGAAAUUUCGUAUAAACUAUGAUCCUGUACAUGAACUUUCGAAAAUCUUGUUGAUAUUAGCUCAUCAAGAAGGGGAAUAAUCUUGGGCAAUUUCAGCUGAAGUAAUAGUGAGCGCAAGAGAUUUUUUGGCUCUCCCCAUGUUUUUCUGUAGAAAAUUUAAAGUUUUGAAACUAAACCUUUAAGGUGCCAUACAUUUUCACAGUGUCAAAUUUUAUCAGAUAUUUGGUAACGAAUCGCAUCCCCUGUCUUUAAGAGUACCAUUACUUAAAAUACGAUCGUUAAAACAGCAACAAAUGCGAGUAUCUGUCAAAGACAAAAUAAAAUUUCAUCUUUGAAUUAUAUCUUACGCAGGGGGGUUACUAUAUCUUUGGGCGUUCUGGGGAUCUGGUUAUGGUGCCUUUACCAGCCCAUCAAUUUCCAGCGACAACAAUUACUGUUACUUGGUGUUCUACUACAUGCGGGAUGACUACUACUCCAGGUUAUCAGCAUCGCUGUCCAUUUUUCUUAUAGAAGACAUAAGUAAUUCUUCGACCUUGCUCUGGUCUAUAAGCGAUUACGUGACUGACUGGAAAAAGAUAGUGAUUGAGCUACCCUAUACUAAUGCCAGUUACUCGAUUGUGGUAUUGGGAUAUGAAGAGUACAAGACCGGAAUUAAUAUCGAUGACCUAGCCUUCGUCAGUUGUGACCCAUGUAAGUAGUGAUAUAUUUCAAAUUGACGUAUACAUUACAGGUGAAUUGAACAGGCAUGACCUGGUUAACUAACUGGGCGGUAAUAAGCGAAGUACAUCAUCUUAUCCAGUACUAAUCUUUCCAACCUCAAAAAAACUGGGGAGCACCAUAUUUACAAUGUAAACAAUAAAAUCCUCAGUGUUUCACGAAAAACAUGAUAAGCAAAGAAAUGACACCGUGACAGCUAAAUAAUUGCCUCCUUAAGUUUUAUUCGUCCACAAGAAAGUGUUAGAGAACUUUUUAAUUGGUGAAUGUUGACAUGCAUGGCCCUGUGCGCAAGUUUUUUAAAAACAUCCUAGCUUUUGACAAAAAUGGUUCUUUGGUCAGCCAGCGUUGGAGAAAUCGGGGGAACUCAUCUUCCCUCAGUUGAGGUAUUGUUUUCCGUUGGUGAUGUUGAAGUUAUGUGGUAAACUUAUCAAUAUAAGAAGGUGAUUUUUUAAUGUCUCUCUUAUAAAUUUAGUCGACAUUUCCAAUUCAUAAACAGAAAAAUGCAUUAAGGCUUGAAGAAGAUAAGUGCAGCCAGGAAACUAAAUCCGAAAGUAAGAUAAUCUUCUUUGAAGCUUGUUUGCCUUGUGUUGUACUAUGAAAAGAUAAAAAUUUCAUUUUCUUAACAGCUGCUACUGCUGUACACCAGGUAACUGGAAGUGCUUUUAGUGGUAACGAGAAACAAGGUAUACAUUACACGACAACUCAAAGUGAAAGCCGACAUAUUUUCAGAGUAGAACGUUGUCAGGUAACAAACAAUGGUCUGAAUCCAGUCCUUAGUGGAAGCUUACCAGGAGCGAUUCACCUCAAUGCUUCAAACCAAGUGUUUGAAAUAGUCAAUAACUACAUUGCUGGAAAUAACAAUGGAGGUAUUUAUUCCGAAGUACUCAAUGAAGUGUCCACGACAAGACCACCGGUCAGCCAUAUCCAUGCAAACACAAUAGAGUACAACAAAGGAGGCAUAUUACGCGUAGAAGGAGUUUCUGGGCCCUAUAUGAAUGUUAACGUGAGCAAUAACUAUUUUUCUCGAAACUUGGCGCGAGGUUUUGAUGGCAAAGCAAAUAGCGUUUGUGUCAUAACAAAGUUGUGGGCGAUUGUUCAAGGAAAUUUCUUUUAUAGAAACGUCGGUCAUUACGUUUUGCUGUAUGAUAAUUCUCAAACAAGUACUGUUGGUCUUCGAUUUGUGAAUAAUACAUUGUACAAGAACGGUGCAAGGGGGCUCGAUGUUAUCUACGGAGCGACUAUUCUGUGCAAUGGAACAGCAGAAAUUCAGGGAAACGUUUUUCAGAAUCCUAACAACCGUUACCAAUUCAGUACCACAAUGAGAGGGAGUCCAAUCACAGUAAACGCCACUUUUAAUUGGUGGGGAGAGAAUGUGCCAAAUCUGAUUUCUUCUCUGAUUAUGGAUAAGUCAACGGAUUAUCGACUGUCCAUAACAGUUGCGUUCCAGCCGUUCGUCAAGCUACCACCCCAAACAGCUAUAUCAGGUCAAUAUUUUUUGGACUUCCAGGUUCAAGUCUAUCUUUUAUGUUGUUUUGGUGUCUCACUCUUUCACCUAAAAAUGAACCUCUUUGGUAUCAAAAUACUGUUCGGCUACUUAAAACAUCAAUGUUCUAUGAAAAUGUUUAAAACUGUUAACUCUUUUCUCAAGUAAAUCGAAAUUGACUGUGUUUUGUUUUAUGUUUUUGGAUUUUUUUCAUCUAUUUAUCCUAUCUUAGAAUACAAAACUGCUCAUCAGUUUUUAGCUCAUCAAUUUUCUUUUUAGUGUCUUGCCCGCCUGAAUGGAUUAAAGACGAAGAGAUGUGUUUCAUGUACAAAGGAGGCUCCUCCACUUUCACUGACGCCAAGAAAUACUGCGAGGUAAGCGCGGUUAAUACUGACACUCUAUUCCAGUCUCUCUUCUUCUUGUAUUUUGGCUGUCUGAUUAUUUUUAGUUUUUUCAUUUAUUUCUCUUUACGCUAUUCAACUUUUCUCGAUCUUAUUUCCUUUUGUCCGCUCGAACUGAAACUAGAUGAAAUUAAUUUUGAGGUGAAAUGAAUACACAAGGGAGCAAGGCAAUUAAGCUUAGGGCGACUUGACCUAGGGCGAUAUGGGGGCUUCGCUUCUUCUCCUAGUUCCUCGCAUUCGCCUUCCUCGAACCGAAUUUUGUUCCUUUAUUAGAAAAGUGCUAUAUGCUCGCCUAGCGUGUUAUUAAUUAUAUGUUCGUUUGUAGAGUUAUGGUGGAAAUCUCGUCACCAUGCUUUCAGACGAAGACAAACGACUCAUAAAGCAUCUUCGACAGAAAGAAUCCUUGGUUCAUUCAGGCGUGUUACCUUCCCUGUGGACCAUAAGCAGGCGCUUUUUGAAAGAGGUGAGGAAACAUCAAGCUCUAUAUUUAGUUUCUUUCCCUCAGGUAUUUUCUAAGUAAUUUGAUUGCCCGAUAAUAUCAUGGGCACCAAAUUAUACUCAUAGCCUCGAAUCAACCCGUGUCGACUCUUCUUUACACGAUGAGUAUUGUUUGUAGAUGAACUAAGAACAUCAUCCUCGUGAAAUGGGUUUAAAAAUCAGCACAAGGCUUUAGACAUGCAUUUUUGUCGGUGCGAGGUCUUCGUAUUAACACGUUUUGAAACAAGAAUUGUAAUACUUUUAAACUGUUAUUAUCUAAACGCAAAUGAAUUUUUUCGCGGUUUUGCUUUAGUGCCACAACAUCUUCCUGUACACAACGCGAGACCUGUUCGCCGUUCUGGCACCUUCGGGAAGGUUGGGAUGGGACUUCGUCAUUUCUUAUGCAACAAAAUAUUUUUUAAGCUGAAAUUUUCUUAAUAAUGGUGGGGUAAUUUUUACCGACGAUAGAGAAACAAAAUAACCUACUUCCUCAACUGUUAAGGCUCACUUAAGGUGCAAUGAUGAGACCUUCCACCAUUUUUUUGUGUCCCUCUAUUUGUCUCAUUUACUUCUUUUGGUCUUUUGGGUGCCUUUGUUCUCUUUUGUUUGAAUAUUUUUCGCGACAAAAAUAAAUAGUAAUAAUGUACAAGAAAAAAUAGAAGUGAACAUUCGAGACAUUUAUCUUAUCAUUUUUCUUUACUGCAGUCCCACAGUGGAUAUGAUCCGAAAAAUAAAGCAUGUCCUGUUGUGGCUGCCACUGGAAAUAUUUCACAAGUUCAUUGUAAUGAAUUUCUUCCUUUUGUCUGCGUGAGGAGGCCAGGUAAAUCAGGCACAAUAUCAUAAUUGAUAAAUGAAUUCUAUCGUUGUAUUAAAUCAUCAUGCUAGAUGAAUAUCGAUACAAAAUCAUUCAACCUCAUCGAAAUGCCUUGUCGAAAUGCAGCAAUCCCCAAUUGAUAGCUUGACUGUUCAUUUAUAUGUAUUAGUGACUCUAAAUUGAAAGACAAAACCGUUAAACUUUCAUCAUCAUAGCUGCCAUGAGCAAAAUGCUAGUAUUAUAAUUAUCAUUAUGGCGCACUCUGUCGAUAAUUUUGCCUCGUAUAGCGCGCUAUAUCAUCAUUGCCAUUGUUAUUAUUAUGACAAUGAUAAGCACUUCUGUACAUAACACCGCGCCCAUAGAAGCAUAUUUGUCUAUGGGUCUAUAACUUGUAUUUCCUCUCGUAGAAUAAAUAGAAGGAUAUCCAUUUACGUUAAAUAUUUCUGCAAGUACUAUAUCACAGCGAAAAUCGAGGGGAAGGGAGGGUUUCCAUUCAGCCCUCUCCCGUGCCCUGUAACCCGGCGGGGGUGACACCAUGUUUCAGGGAUAUACCUUCGUGUGAAGGAAGCAGGUACCAACUGGAUAAACUUCUUUUUGGCUUCAUAGUUAUCCUCUGCCCGAACAGCUGUUUCCAUAAUGGGGACUGUAUAGGUGCCACGUGUUUUUGUUAUCCCGGAUGGACUGGAGAAGACUGUUCCAAGUUUCACUGCCAUGACUUGCAUAACUGUUCUGGUAAAGGUGAAUGCAUGGGUCCCAAUGUAUGCAAAUGCUACCCCGGAUAUUUAGUAAGUGGCAUUUCUUUUCAAUUCCAUGAUAGCUCAUAGCUGUGUUGACUGUUGCGAGUUUGAUACCAAGCUAACAGGGCCACUUUUAAAGAGCUGGUAUCAGUAUUGGCUGGAUAGAAACUAGAUUUGUGCAGCUGGUUGUGUGUGGGCGAUUUAGUGUGCUCUCAGCAAGUGAUCAAGAGUGUUAAACUUUAUCUCUUAGAAAUCAGAUCUCAAGCGUCUUUAUGAUUUAUGUAAUAUUCAUCUUCAACAUCUAAAACUCAUAUGAAAAUUUAUCUGAAAGCGCGUUUUGAGAUUCCACGGAAAAUCUUCUUAAGUGUGACAUAAUUUGACGAUGGAUACCAUCAUUUUGAAACAACUUUGUUAGGCUGUCGCUUACGUGUAAUCACAAGGCGCGCUUAAAAAAAGCUGAUGCUCUAGUUAUCGUAAAAAUCCCCUUUUUUUGCUGCCCCUACUUUAUUUAGAGAGAUCGCCAAGAAAUGGAAGAAGGAGGAGUGAGAUCAUGCUAUAAAUUCCAGCACAUCUGGACACAAUUUUGGAAACACUAGAUUAAUUUUUGGAAAUUUAGUCGCCAUUUAGGACUCUAAAAAUAUCUUUAACAUCCUAAUCUGAUUAAAAAUACACCAGUCAUUGUACUUUCAUAGAUUUACAACAAUUGUGUUCGAAACCCAUCGGUUUUGUCUCUGAUCGCACGAGAACAGUAGUAAUUACCUUUUCGAAAUAAACCUAGUGCAGGAAAGUUUCUGGAUGUUUCUGCAGGGUCUUGGCUGCACUUACUCCUUCUGUGGAAAAUACGAAAGUUGUGCUGAUUGCGUGACAGACCCGUUUUGUGGAUGGUGUGACAGUUCACGCUCCUGCCUCGGAGGUUUUGCCGCAGGACCUCCAGUAAUAAGUUGUCCCGCUUGGUUUUACCACCACUGUUAUACAGUAGGAGACGAACUUUGUUCACAUGAUAUAAUGGUAGGUGAAGAGUGAAACGAACGGUAUAGUAGAUGGACAUUCACGUUAUAACAAGCAGAAACCAUUAACAGAUCAACCAUUAUACACACGGUCAUAAUUAUUCAAACACAGAGGUGAGACACACCACGAAUAGUUAAAAGUCUAAUGAUGGUUUUUGCAUAAGCAUUCGUCACACCUUUCCUCUUAUAGAAUAAUAAUUUUAAAAAGCUAAAGCAAAACAAACAAACUUCACCGCGUUAAUUGUAAAAUCUGGCCGUCACGCCAACACGUACUCUCGAAAUCUUGCCGGGGGUCUUCUUUCUAUCUGCGAUCCUAUGUGGAACUUGCACUGUGUGUGUCCAGGCAAUACUGUUCCAGAAAUACUGGAGAACGGUGUUUCCUAUGGAACGAUGGUCUGGCUCCUAAAAGGAUUCUCGCUAGUUUUAAUAAUGUCACGCCGAUUUCUCCUAUAAAUUAUACUUCCAGACUUGAAAAGGAAACUAUGAGAACCCUUCGAAUCCAGACAGGUAGCUGGUGUCCAGACCUUUUGCCCAGGUAGUCUCAUUCGCACUAUUUAGCCCUGGGUCGUUUUCUGUUGAGUGGUUCCUUAGCCCGAGACGUGCGAUAGGCCAGACAAACGUCACACUUAGAGACGUAUCUGAUGCAGUUCUUGGCCAGAACGGGUACUCUCGAACUCUUCUCAAGCAUCCUUCUAUUCCUAUGUGUGUAGAAUGUGCAACAGACAUUAGUUCCCUGCGCAUACAAUUGGGAACAACCAAACGAGCACCCUUGAAAACCAGCACAUCUUGUACUAUUAACUCGUCACGCAAGUCAAAGCAGAAUCGCAAACACUCAGGAACAUCUGACUUUCUUUCUGGCUAGCCAUUUUGAAUGGCACCACGAGGCUGUUUCAAAACUGGAUCGCUAGCUGGAUCGCUGUGCAUAGUUUUCUUUCGUAGGGGUUAAGGCUCUUGAAGCACACGCCAAGGGCUGCCCACUUUGAAUUAACACAGCGCUAAGACCAUGUUGAGGCGCAUCACAUUGGAUCGUAACCUUCUCUCGCAGGUUGUAAUAACGGAGUAUUGGUGUCACAGACACAGCUUCUUUGAGUUGCUCAAAUGCUCUCUCUCAUGCAGCUCGUCCCAGUGCUACUUCACGUCUUGGCGGGUGAGGUCUCAGAGAGGUUUGGUGAUACCUGAUAAUCGGGGCAGAAAUUUGCUGAGGUACUGAACCAUUCCUGGGAUACGCUGCACACCUGUAACACUCUCUGGUCGGGGCAUUUCAUGUAUGGCUCGCACUUUCGCUGGAUUUGUUCGAAGACCUUCACUGGUUGCCACAUGACCGAUGAACGGAACUUCUCUCACUUUGAGCUGCAACUUGUCGCUGUUUAAAUGGAUUCCACGCUCUUCACAUCUCUGAAGGAAGGCUGAAAGACUCUUGUCGUGAUCCUUUGAGGCUGCUUGCAAUGACUCACCAUAACCAACAACAACAAAACCAUCUGCUAUGAUUUCAACUCCGUUCAGUCCCUCGAUCAAUUCGUGCGUCUUGCGUUGAAAAAUUUCAGGCGCAGACUCGAUUCCAAAGGGCAUCCUUUUCCAGUAAUAACGACCAGAUGGCUUGUUAAAAAUAAUUAAGGACGAUGACUGCUCGUCAAGAAAAACGUGUCAGAACCCACAGGCAACAUCAAACACAGUAAAUACUUUGGCUCCAUGAAGCCUAGAAGGUCCAAACAAACGCGUAAGGUACUAUUUGGCUUUGGCACAUUAACCAUUAAACUAAUCCAAGGCGUGGGCGUUGUCACACGAGCUACAAUUUCUCGGCGUUCCAAGUCUUCUAAAGUAUCUCAUAGAAGUUCACGAAUGCCAAACGGUACUCGGCAAGGAGAGUGUUGAACUGGGUUCACUUUUUCAUCCAGCUCCACGUAAUAUUCGCCAGGAAGUUUACCAACUCCAUCACCGAAAACAGGAGGAAAUUUUUUGACCAACUGGUCAGCGGACAAAGCAGGCUCGGCAGCAGACAGAACAGACUCGGUUGGUGCAUCAUGCGCAUACACGUCACCAUCAGAGGUCUGGGAAUGAUUCAACUGGUUAUUGUCCAAGUACUUGAUGCUUUUUAUUCCAAGACAAGCUUUCCUUGAAAGCUUUCUUUGAAAACGAAGAAAAUUUCCUGUAUCCAAUUUUAAUGUUACAAGCUGCGAAUCAUCUACGGUCACCACACACCAAAAACUUCGUCUAAAAAUUCAUCCCCCAGUUAAUAGACACGACUGCCUCGCUGCGACGGUUUAGGGGCUGAUCCAAAACACACGUUCGCGAAAUGGUUUUGCUUUUUACACCUUAUACACCUUUUUUCAAAUGCUGGACAGUUUUCACGCUUUGACAAAUCAUGCAUACGCCCACAAGAAUCACACGUUUUCUCUCGGGAGUCAGCGCCUCUAGGGAAUUGGCCACGUCUUUUUUCCCUUCUUUAGGCUAUUUAGAAGAGGCAUUUACACCGCUCGGAUCUGAAUCCCUAAUGAUGGCACCUCCAACAAUUCAUCUGUUGAAUCAUUGUCUCGUGUGCCCGACAAAUUUCAUCAGUUUUCUGCAGUGACAAAUUUUUUUCGCGAAACAAUCUAUCUCGUACCUUUCAAUCCUGAAUUCCGAAAACAAGCUUUUCCUGUAAAAUUUUAUUUUCCUUCAUGGUUUCAAAUUCACAUCGAUCAGCUAAUUGUCGUAGGGUUGUCCGAUAAUGGUCAUACGAUUUUCUCCCUUCUUGCACUCUAGAGUAAAACUUGUAUCUUUCAAAAGGAACAUUCUUCAGCGGCUGGUAAUAAGCAGCAAAACUCUCUAACACCGGCUGUCUUCUGUCACGGUUAUCAUCGCCAACCGUAAACGUCGAGAAAACGUUUCUAGCUUCGGCUCCGAUCACCGUGAGCAACGUUGCAAUUUGUACGGUAGAGGGUUCCUGAUGUAAUUUCAUAGCUACCGAAUCAUUUCUUCAUGCUUCCUCAAAUUCAUUCCACUUUUCUGCCGCGUUUGAAUCAUGGACAUUAAGCAGUGUUGGCGGCUCGCACUCGAAACAUCCGUAGACGAACUCGAAGACUGCUCAGCUUCUCCGCCUCCCGGCAUUUCAGCAAAAAUAGUUUACGCAGGUUCGGUAACCUGAUAAGGUAUGGAGGCGUGGGUUCGAAUCCCACUCCUGACACUAUGAAACGAACGGUAAAGUAGAGAGACAUUCACGUUAUAACAAGCAGAAACCAUUAACUGUUUUAAUGUAAUAGUUGAUCAACCUUUAUACACCGUCAUAAUUAUUCUAACACAGAGGUGAGACACACCACGGAUAGUCAAAUUCUAAUGAUGGUAUUUGAUAAUGUGCACGAGAAUUCGUCACAAUGAGGAGAAAAAAUAUAAUUCAUGGUGCCAACACAUCAACACCAUGCUGCACUCAAUUAGAUAUAAGUAACCAAUGCAAGGGAGACGGGAAGGGGCGGUACUAGCGAGUGUUGCUUAUCAGUUAGUUAGAUAAUUAUUUCUGAGUUAUCUUUUGCUUGUUUGUUUGCUUCAUGUUUCAUGCUGCGCUGUUUUAUUCUUUUUUAUUUUACUAUCUUAAAUCCUGCGGCCCCUGACUAUCAGAGCACUCUCCGCUUCAGAUACAGAACAAACGAGCAGUAGUUUUACCUGAAUUGCAUACCGCUUUAUGCUCAUAGCCCUCUGUGUUUUGCUAGGUUUUCCUACCAGUUUAUCGAUAUCCACUUGUACUGCUACGCGCAAAAGGACUACGUGAAAUUGCGUUGCGCAAGAAUGCCGGACAAAACAUAUGCGCUGCCAAUGCAUUAUAGUCUCCGGGCACGAUGACUGGUAGAAUAGCUCAAAAUACUACGCUCCUCAAUGUUCCAUGUUUAUCGUUACACGAUAAGGGUUUCCACAUAUAUUUUCUUAAACAGAGGGUGAAUUGUGGAGGUAGGCAUUGCAACUUCAAAGAUGGAGGAGCAACCAUUGAAUCCUGUCAAAAAUGCAGCGAUCUUGAAGGAUGUCACAAAAUCACAGUAAGAUUUUUAUCUUUCUUUUUCGUUCCUUAUCGUUGCUUAUUAAAUUUAGUGACAGUUUAAGAUAGUCUUCAUGGGCAAAAAACUGAGUUGAAAGUAAUGUUACAUAUAUCUAGGUGCAAAUAGCAACUAUCAGUAAGUUGUAGCAAACUCUGUUGAUAGAACCAGUUAAUCUCACUUGCAGUAUCAUUACUAGUAAGUGCGAAAAUUUAGCAUGAAACACUUUGUUUGAAAUAAAAACAGAAUAUUUGACCUGUGGUAGUAUAUCUGGUUAGAAAUCUCUACAGACCUAACUCCUACUAUUUACCGACUACAUGGCGCCGUCCCCGUAGUGUACCCCUUUGGCCAUACAUGUAGGUCGAAGAUAGUAUUAAUCUGUUACCUAUUAAACCUUAUGACAGGAAGACAACCAAUGCAGAUCGUGGAAUGAGACUAAGUGUCCAGGCGGGAAAAUUAAAGUGAAUUAUACAGAUCCCCAAAGGAGAAAUAAUGUGGAAUUUGCUAAAAACGUGAAGUUUGUGGAGCCAAACGAAACUCUCCUUUACGCAUGUCCAGUAAUUUUGCCAAAUCAGGAGAGGGUGUCGCUAGUUUUAGUUGCACCAAAAGUCCUGAAAGUUCAAAAGGGUGAUGUACUGUGUAGUCCUCAGGCAGGAGGUAUUAUGCAUAAGAUUGUCAAAGAAAUCAGCGAUGGUAAGUGUAAUGACCAUAAAUGUCUGUCACAACCUUUACAUAGUCCUCGAUCACAUCGAUCAUUUGAAUACUUGAGAUGGAGUGGUUUUAAAAAAGCAUUGCGUUAAUAAUUCUUUGUAGGGGUAUGGGCGAAAUAAGUGAUCAGUACUGUAAGUGGCUGACAUUGGCUUGCUACCAAGUGUCGCUGGCAAAGUUUUCCCAAUUUUUCCCAAGAACUGUACUCUAUGUAAAUAUCAAAUGUAAGAUAAGCUAUCCGGUUGCCGUUGUGAAUUGUUUGAGAUCUUACUGGACCGCGACUUGCAUUUGGUACACGUAAUGGCGAAGACAUCUCUAAAACAUACUUAAUUUCAUUCAAUGUUCAAAUUUAUUAUUUUCUCGAAAGGUCCUUUUCAAUUGAUGUUGAGCGCCCCAGCAGGUUUAGAAGAGGUUAUCAAGUAUGCGGACUUUAAAGACGAAGUAACUGCAGUGCAAGUAGACGACGACUCGACGUUUGAGGACGAGCCUAACCAAGAUGACCUGCGGGACAUUAUUACAGGCAACAUUACGUUCGAUGAGGGUCGGGUAAUUGCGCUUUCAAAUGGUAAGUAAACAUUUUUGUAUCAACCAGCUUAAAACUUCUUAAAUGACUGAAGAUCAUUUAGUUAUAUCUACGAUUUAAUGCGUUGUAUAACACCUCAUAAGUGCAUGAAAGACACACAAUGGAGCAAGCAAGCACAGAUACGAUAAACACAAAAUAGACCAUCAGGACCUGCAAGAUAUUUCCGGUUCGAAAAGUCAUACUCAACUCAAGGAAAUUCAAACAGUUUUCUUAAUUAUUAUUUUAGAGAUAUACAAGUGCCUAGGUCACACGUAUGACACUGGAAACAUCAUUGUCCACUCGUUUUACCUGGUAAUAGAAAAGAACAACACCAUCCCAAAGAAAGGUGACAUACUUGUGUCCAAUACCAGUGAUGGUUUCAUCGAGACUGUUGUUAAAGUUCAUAGAACGAACAACACCGAUUACUUGGAAACGAAAUUUCAGAGAUGUGAAUCAAACUCUCAUUGGACAGGCACAAGGUAUUUGUAUAAAUGAUUACUCUUUGUUUUUAUCUCAGGCGGGUCGAAGUUGAGACGAUGGCAUAUUUGCACUAGUGUAAUUGGGGUAUGAGACAUUUGACAGCGAAAAAAGGAUCACCUUCUCUCCCCAAAACGCAAAGAUUUUCCGUAAACUGCACCUAGAAAACUGUUGAAUAAUGACCAUAUUAGCAUUGUUGUUCAAGACUGACAUUUUUGCUUAUUAAACCAGCAUGUAUUUUUAUUAACUUUCCAUGGACUUUUUAGAUACAUGAAUGACUUUAUGGGGUUGGCAAGCCUUAGCAUGAUUACUGGUGACUCAGUAAUUUACUUAUCGGACAUCAAUUUGAUAAAUAUCUUUAGCAACAAAAGUCCCAAAUGAUCGAAUGAAGGCAGUCCAGCUGGCUACUGAAAAGCAUGACCGAAAAACCGAACUUGUUCGAAACCACUUCUGCCCAUCAAAUUUUAUUUACAAAAUUAUUGUCCAUAGAACUAAAAUCUAUCUACAAUUAUUGUGCGUGAAUUUCGUUUGAACCGGUGACUAAGUUGUUAAAGUGUAAGAGAUCCUGCCCUAAAAUUCAAGACCUUGGAUGCCACGCUCGACUAAUUCUUAAGUUUUCGUUUGAGUUAAUUUACUUUUACUUGCUCCCACAAACCAGACUACAGGAAAGUAAAACAAGGCUUUCUGGGUCAGUAUCCUGUAGCGGAGGGGACAACAACGAAGGCCUUGUUCUUUCAAAACCAGCAGAGGAUGGAGGUCGGCAGUUUUUUGUCAAUGACUCAAUUAUUGGAAGACCUAGUGGAGCCUUCAUUGUAAAGGUAAUGUUCGUUUAAGGUUCGAGUUAGAUUAACAAAUUAAAGCACGACCAUCUUAAGUAAGCAAAAUGGAGGGAUCACUGAAUACUUACUAAGACUUAGCGUGGUCGGUUGCAAAGAGUGCUUCCACCGUUCGGAAUAUGGAGUAUCAUUCAGGAACUACAGAAUUAUAGCAUGUCUCUUAAUAGAGUGACAAGCCAACUCAACAAAACUUCAGGAUAUUAAUUUCAAUAGGCUUGCUAUUACUCUUGCUAUCUUCAGGAGUUCCCCCACUCGGGGAAAGAAAUAAGUAUCAUAAAAUUCAUGACUCGAGAUUUUUUGGGUGCGUUUACUCUAGCUUGAAUUUAAGCCAGGUGAAGCUGUGAUAGUUGGCCUGUGUGAUUUGUUUCAUCGUCGUCAUUUUUUUAAAGCUAGUUUUGUAUUUGGUAAUCAUCUGAGCUAACUCUACCACCUUAUAUCAUCUCAAACCUUAGGUUGUAGAAGUCUACUCCAGCGGAAAUUUUCUUCUGGUGGAAGUAAUACCUGCCAAAUUGGACGGAAAUGGAACCAUUACUACAACUGUAGAUAUAAACAUACUGAAAGGCCACAACAGACGAAGUAGGCGCUCAACAGGAUACGAUUUCGAAUUGGCAAGUUUUAAACCCGACGGAAUACAUCACAGGGUACAGCAUCUUUUAAUAGUUCUGCAAAAGUAUUGUAACAAACCAGAGAAUUAGGUAAAUGCUAUGUUAAUGUUAUCUAUCUAAAUCUUCUCAAUUUCUCCACAAAAUUAUGUCCUGCAAAAUUUUUUCUUUUUUCUCAGUUGCUGUCAACGGAAAGCGCCAAGGUACAAGUCUCUUUCGAAAUGUUUUUCGAACUGACUAUGUUUCUUAAGAUAGAAAAACAGCGGUACGGAUUCGGAAUAGAGGACGCGACUGUUGGCCUGGAGUUAGAGGGGAGAUUGGAUUCCUCUCUGGAAUUUAGUGUUGAUAGGGAGUUGAGGUAAGCAAAUUUAAUUUAACCCCAAGAUUACUCCGAUUUAUUCGUUCGGCAAAAGAAAUUAAUAAUGUAAAAUGAAAUCUAAGAAACUGAUGUUAUGAUGGAGAGUUUUUUCGUUUUUUUUGCGAUAAAGCCAACAUUUUCCUUUUAAAAUUAAUUCUUGCGUGAUUCUUAAAGUUGAUCCUUGUGUGAUUUUGCGGUCCAAUAUAGUCAGCCUACGAGCAAAAGAAGACUUAGCUGAUGGGGAUUAAUUAAUCAUCCUUUUCAUUUUUGUCUACAGAUAUAACAAAGACCUAACCAUCAUGAAACGAAAACAGCUCGGUCGUUCAAUUUACAUUCCCGUUGGGCCAAUUAGAAUCCCUGCCGGCAUCUUCUUGGAAAUAACAGGAUAUGCAUCUGCUGGAUUAUCUGUAAGUUGGCGGUUCAAUUCUUACGUGCUAAACUUUGACCACUGACCUUGGAAACAUUACGGCUCUCUCAUUUAAUCUCUAUUAUAAAAAACCAUUGUCAUGAAACACUUCAAUAAGUUAACAUAAGCAAUUACAUUUCCUCCAUCUUGCCUACUAUUUAAUGAUUCUACAUUGCAGCAGCAAUAUAUACUUUCGAGUAGGGAAGAAAAAUAUCGCCUAAAUACGAAGGGGUUGAAUUAAUUUUCUGGCUUUUCUUCCUAGGGAAAAAUUUCUCGUUCAUUAUCAGUCAGCGGAAGAGUCUCUCUCGGAGGCGAAUGCUGUUGGAGCCGUGGUAGUUGCUACAAAACUGCUGAUACUGUAAGGGAAGAAAAAUUACACCUAAAGUUUUCAGUUUAUUGAUCAUUCAAGUGUUAGAUGUACUCUAUAAACGUUUUUCCGUUUGACUGGUCUCUAUCUGUUGACAAAAUGACGGCCUGUACUUCUUGCUCCGGUGUCAAGGAUUGCAACACCGCUAAUUUUUCACUAAACUGUUCCAAAAUCAAGUGAUUUCUGAGCUUUUGCGCAAUAAGCACCGUUAUAGAAUGAUGGGUUUUUUGUCUUUUCUUUUAUCAUGACUUCAAUCAGGUUAAAACUUAUUUGGACUUUCAAUUGUGAUAAUUUCUUUCAACGUUCGUCCUCUUGACAUUCGUCUUGUCAAUCAUCAUCUUGCUAAGAAAAUGGAGGCCUACCGUUCUCGCUUUGCAUUUAGGAUAGAAAGGGGCUUUUUUUCUUUCGGUAGGGAAGCAUCAAAUCACACGACUCAGUCUUUGAAAUUCUGCAUUCUUUAUUUGGCCUUGUUCUCCUCAUCAGCAUCGUUCUCCUUUCCUUAUUCCUCUCUUUUCAUCUCUCCAUUUUUUUCCCGUUUUUUCUCCGUUUGAGAUCACAUUUUAUCCAUUUUUGACAUAUCACUAAUUAAUAUAGGUUACUCUUCGCAAAGACUGGAGCAGCCCAGAUCCGCAAUUGGAAGCUGGAGCAUUCGUCAAGAUUACAGUGACACCCAAAAUCUCAGUGAAACUGCCAGCGUUUCCAAAAUCGCAAUCAAAGGCAAUCAAGACAUCAGAUUUUCGUUUCUUUGACGAUUUAGGUGAGAUCAAUCAAAUUAUUCUUUCGUGCGGCCUACUUCUAUCCAAUUUUAACCAAAGUUCCUGAUUAUAAGUAAGAUAAAGUUUACGUCAGGUAAGGUUCAGUUAAGAGGUAGUUGCAUUUAAUUCUAAUUUGGAAAACGCUCUAUUUUCAACACUAGCUACCCCGACCAUACGUUCUAGUCUUAUAACAGGGUUUAAUGAAGAUAAUUUUGUUUCAGUUGAAGCUGUUUUUGAGUAUUUGGACGUUUCCAUGGAGGUAUCUGUAAGCGUACCACUAGAAGCUGGUCUGAACAUACAGCUUCCCUCGUCACAAUGCAGUGGAAACAAACCUGCUGAAUUGGAAAGCUUCUACGGAAUUUCCGGUGUAAAUCUCUGUGUCUCGGUCGAAUUUCUUAAAAAACAAUUGACACUUGAACUUCCUUUGGGAUUUUCUCAGAGAAAACGCUACUGGUAAAAAAAACCUUCACAUUUUAUACAAACAACCUGACUCCUGACAUAUAGAUUAGUGACACAAAGAAGUAAUAACUAUACACUCACUUUUGUUAAUGAAACUAACUGGCUUAAAUGCACGAGCAAAAGGAGGCUAUAAAUGAAAAAAAUGAUAUCCCUACCCCUGCAAAUGUAAUGCAAUGCUUAUGAACAAAGUGGGAUCUUCCCUAGCUAAUGGA